AUGUCAGCGGGGGGCUGUGCCAUCGAUGUGCCCGCUGUGGUGUUGAACCCCAAGAUGGGAAUGCCUUCGCAAGAUGUUGCAGAGUUCUAUCCAUGCGGAGCCGGACGUUCCUUUGGAGAGCGCCGCCAGGUUUGCAGCCGCCUUUGUGCAGUAGCAGAUCAGGCUGGAAGCACCGGCUGGCAAGAUGCCAUCCAACUGUUGGCAGAGGCACAGCGGCAGCGGAGCGCCUCCAUGGAGGCCUUUGAAGAUGCUGCGGAACUCUGCAGGAUUCAGGAUGCCCCGCGUGCUGCACCACGCGUGGAGAAGCUCCUGGAGGAGGCGAGGCAGUCCAAGCUGAAUCCUACACGACGUCUGUAUGAAGCUGUGGUGAUGAGCUACGGCGAUGCGGAAAGCUGGGAGCAAGCCUUGUUUUGGUUAUUGGAAGCGGGGGCCCAGGGGGCCCAGGAUGCUGGAGAGCUGGACAAGCCACGAAAUCCAGAGAAAUGA